GCAAAACUGAAACCCAAACUAGCUGAAAGAAAGAAGCACUUUCAGGCCAUCGCAAUGGAUGAAACAGAGAAAGACAACAAACUGUGCAACCACUGUAAAAAGGAGAUAGCCCUGUUGAACUUCGCCCUGCACGAGUCUCACUGCCAACGUUUCCUGAGCCUCUGUCCUGACUGCAACGAGCCCAUACCCCGGGAUCAGAUGGAGGAGCACCGAUCUGAACAGCACACCCUGGUGAGGUGCACCCAAUGCAGCAAAAAGAUGGAACGCUGCCAUCUGCAGGAGCAUCAGUCAGAGGAGUGUGUAGGCAGGAUGCUGCUAUGUAGGUUCUGCCACCUGGAGGUGGCCUCCCGGGACUUGGAAGAGCACACGGUGGCCUGCAGCAGCCGGACGGAGCGUUGUCCAGACUGCGGCCAUUAUGUACAGCUGCGGGACCGGGAGGAUCACGCACUGCAGUGUUCCACAUCACCGGUGAAGGAUGGCGGCCAGGACACCGCUGUCCCCACGGACAAACAGAAGUCCACUUUACAGCUGUGUUUCAGCUGCAUGAAAUCUUACCCUUCAGACCGGAUGUGGGAACACCAGCGGGACUGUUCUGCAUUGUCACCCCCGGGAGGCAAGGAGGAUGACGUUCACUUGCAGAACUCACAGAAUACGAACUCGCUCGUCUUCACAUUCUCCCAGCGAGACAGCAAGGCCUUGGUGAAGAGUGACGUGGAGGCCAUGGACCAGAUCGGCACCUGUCUUCAGUGCCACCUGGCUCUCCCGGUGGCCACACUGCAAUGGCACGAGGUACACAAAUGGUCACAUCCAGUUCAUUUCCACUUCUGGCUUCUCUUUUCCUUUCACAAGCACCUAAACCAAAGAGUUGCAGCAUCAUACGCGCUAUUCCAAGGUACUCUACUCUUUCAUCCUCUCUGAAGACAAAUGCAGCAACACAGUCACCCAGCUCAAAUCCCAGUACACGUUAACUCAGAUAAAUUUGUAAGCCAUGAAUAUAAGCAGUUCUUAAGUGUGACGAUUAUUGCAUGGUGUGGAGUGGCAUCGUGGCAGCACAGGUGUUUCACAUCUCUCGAUUUGUCGGUUUAGACAUACCGCAGGCUUAAAUCCAGAUCAGUUUGUAUGCAGUUUACGUUUGCUCCACGUUUACAUGGGUCUCCUCUGCUGUGGCUUCUUUCCACAGUCCAAAGACACGUUUCAGGUUUGCCUGUAGUGUGUGAAUGCCCUGUGAUUCAGGGUGUUUCCAGCAUGGGCUCCAGAUAAUAAUGAAUUGAUUAUUGCGUGGUUUGAGUCCAGAGGAUUGGGAAAAUGCUGCUUUCAUUUGUGUCCAACUGCUGCAGUAUAUCAGCACUAUA